AUGACAGCUCUUAAUAGAUUCAUCUCAAAAUCAACUGAUAAGUGCCUACCGUUCUUCAAUACAUUGCGAGGCAACAAAAAGUUUGAGUGGACAGAAGAGUGCGAGGAGGCCUUUAAAAGCAUUAUGAGUGCAGCAAUAGUGCAAGAAGAGGGAAAGCACCAGCAACUAGUUUACUAUGUUAUUAAACGGUUAUUGGGGGCAGAAUCAAGGUAUCCCCCAAUUGAAAAACUUGCCUUAUGCCUAAUUCAUGCAUCUCGCAAGCUAAGGCCUUACUUCCAGGCACAUCCGAUAAAGUUCGACAUAACUUAUCACCCAAGAACAUCCAUCAAGGGUCAAGCCUUGGCAGAUUUCCGGAUAAAGGGAAUAACUCCCGACGAAGAUCCACUUGUUCAGCGAGACGCAGACACUUGGAAGUUGUACGUGGAUGGAGCAUCUAACGAGCAUGGCUCGGGUGCAUGGAUGAUACUAAUUUUGCCAAAAGGCUUUAAGUUUCACUAUGCCUUCAGAUUUCAAUUCGGCACUUCAAAUAACGAGGCUGAGUAUGAAGCCUUGAUUGCUCAUUUAAAGAUAACUGAAGUGUUAAAGGUCAAAAAUCUUAUAUGCCAUAGUGAUUCGCAAUUAAUUGUAAAUCAAGUCCUAGGGGAAUAUCAGGCUAAAAGCUUAAAAAUGGAAAAAUACCUAGAGAAGGUUUGGAAGAACUUGGAAAAGUUUGAUUAUUUUAAAAUUGAACAAAUUCCAAGAGAACAAAACUCUAAUGUCGAUGCCUUAGGAAAACUAGCCUCGCAGAACGAACUUGAUGAAUUGAACUUGGUACCGGUGGAGAUGUUAAACGAGCUGAGUAAAUGUGAAAAGGAAGAAGUUGAGAUAAUAGAUAGCUCACCCACUUGGAUGACACCCAUAGUUAAUUAUCUUCUCAACGGGCAACUUCCAAUUGAAAAAAAUGAGGCACAAAAACUCUUGUAUUCCGUGCCUCGCUACACGAUAGUAGAAGGCAAAUUGUAUCAAAGGGGCUACUCAAUGCCUCUCCUACAGUGUGUUCUCCCCACAGAAGCAAACAAGAUUAUCAAAGAAAUCCAUGAAGGAUUUUGUGGAGACCAUACAGGUUGGCAAAGCUUGUCAAAGAAGAUAAUUAGACAAGGAUACUAUUGGCCAAUAAUAAAUAAAGACAGACGCAAAUUUGUCAAAAAAUGCGACAAAUAUCAAAGAUUUUCACAUAUACCUCGCGUACCACCAACAGAGCUAAGAAUGAUGACCUCGCCUUACCCAUUUGCAAUAUGGGGGAUUGAUUUGAUUGGGGCACUCCCCACAAGGCGAGGAGGAGCAAAGUUUGGUAUACCCAUUAAGAUAGUAUCCGAUAACGGAACUCAGUUUGAUGGAGAGUUAUUCAUUGAGUUCUGCGAGAGGAACAAGAUUAUUAAGAGCUUCUCAACAACUGAGAAAACAGUAAUAGGGCAUUCUCCAUUCUCACUGCCAUUUGGCUCGGAAGCAAUGCUGCCAAUAAAAGUUAAUAUUACGAACCAAGAAGAAAACCAAGAACUCUUGAAAUUGUCCUUGGAUCUACUUGAGGAAAAACGUAUUAAUUCGCAAAUUACUAAUCCAGCUUAUCAACACCGAGUUACGAGAUACUUCAACAAAAAGUGA